AUGCAGGCAUUUUUCCCCAGCUCUCACUUCUGGCCUGCGCUGCAGACCCUUAGCCAGGAGAGAGCUGAUUGCUACGCUGUAGCUGGCAACGCCGAGGUCCUGCCCGGACUCCUGCAUGACGCCGAGCAGCGAGUUCACCUAGUGGUAACCAGCAGAAGAGGUCGCGAGUCAAGGGGGGGCCAGCCCUCUAACAAGGCACCUGGGCCAUCUAACUUCGCUUCGGGCGCAGCACGAAGGGCGAAACUGGAUUAUCUUCGCGCUCUCGCGCCGCCCCCUGGAGCAGGACACUUCUCCUGCCAGUGCUACGGGGCGCGAGGUGUGAUCAUCUUCGCGCGCCGGCCCGUGCCCUCUCUUGAGGGAGCGAAGCGCUUCCAACAUUUGCUCACCACUCCUUCUGAGAAGCGGGAGGCACCCUCCUUAGAAGGCGGCUGA